GAGAAAGCAAGUGAACCGGUAUUAUCCGCCGGAUUUUGAUCCGGCCAAACACAAGAGCAUCAACAAGUACCGCAACUCUCACCCGCUGAGAGAGAGGGCCAAGAAAUUGAGCCAGGGCAUUUUAGUCAUCCGGUUUGAGAUGCCCUAUAACAUAUGGUGUGGUGGAUGCGGAAAUCAUGUAGGCAUGGGGGUGAGGUACAAUGCAGAGAAAAAGAAGGUUGGAAAGUAUUACACUACUCCCAUCUAUCAGUUCAAGAUGAAGUGUCAUCUUUGUGAUAAUUACAUCGUCAUGGAAACUGACCCCAAGAACUUUGACUAUACCAUCAUCAGCGGGGCACAACGCAAGAACCAGAAAUGGGAUAUGGCCGAGAAUGAGCAGGUUUUGACUGAGGAUAGGGAAGCUGUAAAGAAGCUUUCCCGAGAUGCAAUGUAUAAGUUAGAACAUGGUGUUGACGAUACAAAAAAGCUGAAGAAAGCCGCACCAUCUCUCACAAAGAUUGCAGAGAUUCAGUCAGCUAAGAAGGAUGAUUACGACCAGAACCAAGCCCUCAGAAAGAAAUUUAGGACGGAGAAGAAGGAGCUCUCUGCUGUUGAAGCUAGUGACAAUGCUCUUUUAUCAAAAUCUUCUUUAGAGAUUGAGCUUGUACCAGAGACUGAGGAGGACAAGAAAUUGGCUUCUCUUCUAAAAUAUUCAGUUCCAGAAUCUUAUGAGGAAAAGAGGGAGCAGAAGCGUGAGUCAAUCCAGAGCAGAAACAUAUUCGCUCCAUCCACAGUUAGCUCUCCAAACAGCAUUGAAAUUUCUCCACGUUCAUCCUCCUCGUCAUCUUCUUCCUCCACAUCCUCGUCAUCCAAGAGGUCAUCUGGAGCACAGCAAACACUGAUCAACAAGGUCAUGAAGAAGGCAUCGGUCUUUGGAUCUCUGGGGUCCAAGAGCAGUAGCAGCAGUGGUCUCAAGGCCUCGGCCAAGGAGUGGCUGGGGAGAACAACAAAAUCAUUAAUAGGUGGGACUGCUGGAAUCAUUUUGAAAAGAAAACGCAAGUCCAGUGAGGACAAUGCUUCUGUUAUUCAUGAAGUGAGUAAGAGAUCCAAGCUGUCUGAUGAGACGGAAACUAGGGAAGGUGGUAAAUUGACUCUGAAAGGAGGUGCUACCGAAGAGCAGUCAGAUCAUAGCGUAAAUAUUGAUAAAGAUGCAAGGUUACAGGAAUUAGACGUAGGUGAUACAGAAGACAUACAAGGUCUGCAGGAUGAUCCUAUGGACCCAACUAAAGCAGAGAGAGUUCUACCAUCAGGAAUGUCUUUCUCACCAAAAGCACAUCAAAUUGAGGAAGGUAGAUGCUGCUCCGAGAGUCUGUCUAGGAGUACUCUAAGCUCUUCAUCUUUUUCAAACAGUUCCGAUAAGACUCCAGGAAAAUCAACUGCUUGUGGUAGAAAGGUCUCAUCAGGAAUCGGGGAUACAUCCCUGCCAAGCCAUACACACUGUGCACAAAGUAGAAGAGAAAGCCCGAACUCCUCCACCGAUGUGAACAGCAAUUCUGAAGCACAGUCCCAAUCACACAUAAGAACGUUUGAACAUGAAGAGAUCGAUGCAGCACCCAAGGGUUCUACGUGUGAACAUGACUCAUCCAGUCUCAGUGUUGAAGGUGACGGAGAAAUAUCGAGAACAGAAAGUCUCCAGAAAAGCUCACUCUCGUUGGUUUCUUGUUAUUCUUCCAGUAGCGGCAGUGAGGAUGAGUUAUGAAGUGGUAUAUCCUUUACUCUAUCCUUUAACGAUAAAAUCUAUACCCCACAAGUUAUACACUACAAACUGUUCAUGUUUGAUAGUUGAAAGGUAAGGUUAAGUUUUAGUCGUGUGCAGGAUUUUUACACGUUGCUGCAUUGGUCAGAUCAUGCGCAUUGGAGGUACUCGGGUGUGUAUAGUUCAAGUUCCUGUGGUAUAUCACACAUCGCCUCAUUGGUCGGAUCAUGCUAGGGUUAAGGUUCUCUAGUAAGUAGUCUUCAGUGAUCUAAUCUGUUGAAUACCAUGUGCACAUUUGGUGGGUACUUAAUCAUGAUUUCAAGUCACUCUUUUGAGAAUCAUCCCCAGUUCUGUGAUUCAUCAAUAUUGUAAUAAUAAUAAUAAUAUAGGGUAUUUAUAUUGCGCACAUAUCCACCUUGUUAGGUGCUCAAGGCGCUCCUAUAUUACCCGGCUAAGCUAGGCGUUCAUAGCGCACACAGCUUUUCCCGGCUUAAAGCCGGGAAAACAUUGCUAUGUAUAAAACAUAUUUUGUUGUUAAUUUUGAUGAUUAUUUUCUUUUGGUAGCGUUAAUGGCAUGUAAAGGUAAGUUUUACUUAUUCAAAAGAACAAAUGACAAGGCAGUAAACAUUGUUUAUUUCGUUCUGAUUAAUAUUUAAUUAUUCUUUUUGAUGGUAGAAAGGACAGACAACAAAGGAUACACUAAUAUAAAAGAAUGGUGAUAAAAGAGUACCGAAGUGUGACGUCAGUUGCCAUGGUGUCAUGGCGGGCUAGUUCUAAACAGAGUCGCACCUGAUGAUCGUCUGUACACAUUUGUAUUUGCAAAAGACUUUGGCUCGUCUAAAAAAUAGUUUGCAAGCCAUCAAAUUCCGAUAGCAGCCAUUUUCCCCUAUAAAAGAUGAGAAACACACGCUUUCAUUUAGCGGGUUCAUUUGUUUAGAACCAGGCUGCCAUGACACCAUGGCAACUGAAGAUUCCGGGAUAAAACAAUUAUAUAUUGUUGAACCGCCGUAUCAUGGGCCAGGAGUACCGCUAGGCUGGGUGGAGCGGUAGCUCAAAACCUAAAGAAGAUUGCCAUAUCUACUUCAUACAACUAUAUUUUACCCUGGGCUUGACCAAU